AUGAGGAGGUUUCUGUUACUGUAUGCUACACAGCAAGGACAAGCAAAGGCCAUAGCAGAAGAGAUAAGUGAGCAGGCAGUCGCACAUGGGUUUUCUGCCGACCUCCACUGCAUCAGUGAGUCCGACAAGUAUGAUCUCAAAACCGAAACUGCUCCUCUGGUUGUUGUUGUCUCAACCACGGGCACCGGGGACCCGCCGGACACAGCCCGCAAGUUUGUUAAAGAGAUACAGGACAAGACGCUGCCUGCUGAUUUCUUGGCUCACCUGCACUAUGGAUUGCUGGGUCUGGGGGACUCGGAAUACACUUACUUCUGUAAUGGCGGGAAAAUCAUCGACCGGCGGCUGCAGGAGCUCGGAGCCCGGCACUUCUACGACACUGGGCAUGCAGACGACUGUGUGGGUCUGGAGCUGGUGGUUGAGCCGUGGAUCGAUGGGCUCUGGGCCGCCCUCGUGAAGCACUUUACAUCACGCAGGGAGAAGGAAGAAAUGAGGGUGGCCCCCUCCACCUCCUUGAGGCCAGACCCCGGGAGGCUGGAAUCGGUGCCCAUUGCCUCUCAAGUGGAACAGCUGCGACUGGAUGAUUUGGGAGGGAGGGGUUCUCAGGCCCCAGAGCACGAUGCAGCAGAUGGCGGUCAGACUGGCGAGCUGCUGGAAGACGUGGAACCCUGCCUCACCUGCUCAGGACCACCGCUCUCCCAGGCCCCUCUCAGUAUCCCUGCCCCGCCCCCCAGGUACUUGGAGGUGGAGCUGCAGGNGUCUGCUUCUCAGGGGGACAGCCCAGCACCUGGGCCUUGGGUGGAUCCUGUCUUUCGGGUCCCAGUUUCACGGGCAGCUCAGCUCACCGCAGGUGAUGCUGUCAGAACCACCCUGCUGUUGGAGCUGGACGUGUCGAAGACGGCCUUUUCCUAUCAGCCUGGAGACGCCUUCCACGUGGUUUGUCCCAACAGCGCCACUGAGGUCCAUGGCCUGCUGCAGAGGUUACAGCUGGCAGACAAGAGUGAGCAGCGGGUCCUCGUGCGGAUUCGGGAGGACACGCAGAAGAAAGGAGCUGUGUUGCCUCAGCAUGUACCCGAGAGCUGCUCCCUCCAGUCCCUCUUCACCUGGUGCCUAGAAAUACGGGCCAUCCCUAAAAAGGUAUCUGUCCUCUUCAGACGCUAUUGGGAGGUGGGCCAUGUUCUGUCUGGAUUUCUUCAGUCGCUGCCUUGUGGACCUCAACAUCUCCCUAAACUGCAACCCAGACCGUAUUCAUGCGCAAGCUCCAGUCUGUCCCACCCAGGGAAGCUGCGCUUUGCCUUCAGUGUUGUGGAGUUCGCGUCUCACACCCCAGCGCUGCUCUCACGGAAGGGGGUGUGCACAGGCUGGCUGGCCACGCUGGCCAACUCACUUCUUCAGCCAGGUGUGCAAUCAUCACCCGCUGAUGGCGCAAAAGCUGCAACUCCUCAGAUUUCCAUCUCUCCUCGAGCCACAAACUCCUUCCAUUUACCAGAUGACCCCUCGGUUCCCCUUGUCAUGGUGGGCCCGGGCACUGGCAUUGCCCCCUUCAUCGGCUUCCUGCAGCACAGGGAGAAGCUCCAGGAGCAGCACCCGGACCAGCACUUUGGGGUGACGUGGUUGUUUUUUGGCUGCAGACAUAAGGACAGGGACUAUUUGUUCAGAGAUGAGCUUGGGCAUUUCCUUAAGCUCAGGGUCCUUACUCACCUGAAGGUGUCUUUCUCACGAGAUGUCCCAGCGGACGAGGAGGCAGCUCCGGCCAAGUAUGUGCAGGACAACAUGCGGCUUCACGCCAAGCAGUUGGCCAGGAUCCUGCUCCAUGAGAACGGUUCUAUCUACGUUCGCCGUGAGGACACUGGAGUUGACGGGGGUACAGUAGAGCGCAAUGCUGACUUUGAACCUCACCCAGUGUUCUGGAAAUACCACCGAAAGCUGUCCAUGUGCUUUGGGUCUAACUUCAUCCCAGAGUUCAACGUGUGCCACCCGAUGGCCGUGGGGCUGAGCAGCUCCAUCCUCGGCUGCCUGCUCACCCUGCUCGUCUACACCCACUGCCAGCGCGACCAGCAGCAGUCCCACGACGCCACCGUCAAGUACCCUGUCUCGCCUGCCCCUCUCAACACCAGCAUCACCAACCACAUCAACAAGCUGGACACGUAUGAUGCCAUGGAAACCAUCAAGUUCAUGGUGCUCGGCCCAGCAGCCCUGGAGAGCGACUGCAGACCUGUGGGUGAUAAGAGAACAUGA